ACUGUCAAGCUGUGACGCGUAAAAUUUGGCGGUGUUUUGUUUUGCGAGUUCGCAAAUCAAAGCGUUGUUUUUCUUGUAAUUUAGUUGUGAUUUUGUGUGUGUGAUGCUGUGAUAAUGACGGCGAAGUUCUUUGUGUACGCGGGCGGGCGCUGGUGCGCGGUGGACACGGCGACGGGGCGCGUGGCGGGCUGGCGGCGGCGCGCGCGCUUCGUGUUUUCUUCGCGGGGCCGGCUGCAGUACGCGCGCUCGGCCGCGGUGCUUCGGGCUCUGCGAGCGUUGGCGGCGGGAAGGCCCUCGGCGGUGCGCGACGGAGCCCCGCUCUCGCAGUUCUGGAAGAAGUCCAGGUCCAAGCGGCAGUCUGUGUCGAAGAAGGCCGGCUGCCGGUGCCGCCACCACUGCUGCCGGGAUGCUCACCGCCAUGGGUAUGCGACUUCGUCCCCGGUGUCAAAGCUAGCCGACGCGGGCGUGCAAGUGACGUCAUCGCUCGGCCAGCUGUCCUCGCAGGCCGGGACCACCGCGUCUCAACACCAUGACGUCAUCCAGAGGACCAGCCAUCCCUCUCCUAAUAAGCCACUUGCGCAAGAGUCGUCGUCGCCGCGGAAAAUUCGCCCCAAACCCCACUCAAAGCCGCGAGCGAAGCGCAAGCGGUCACACUCGGGAAGUCCGUUGAAGGCUGUGCAACAAAAUGAAAUAUGUCUGACACAGCCCGCAGACGCGCAGUGCAAGGAGCUGGUGAUCAACGAGGACGACGUGGAGCUGUACCGCGCCUACCUGCUCGCGCACGAGCCGGCCUUCGACCUGUACCGCUUCGACGCCGACGAGGCCUACAAAUUACGCGUCUUCUUCCGCAUCAACCCGCUCGUGAGCGUCGAGCGGUGCGCGCGUUUAGAACGGAUGCUCCGCGGUCGGACCACUAGUCAAGACAUGCCGCUCGAAGACUUCGCUUCCACGCUCGGGCUCAAGGCCGUGGCCGAGCGGUCGCAGCCCGAACGUACACAGUACAGAAUGAGGCAACUAAUCGAAAAUGAUGUCACAGUCAUUGAAGACUCGGACGAAACGGAUAGGGAAAUGAGAAAUAAUAAGACAAGACAAAAUAAACAUGAAAAAGUGAAAAGGAGAGAAGAUAGAAACCGAGACCAAAUCAAGACGUCAAAUGACCACGAUUCCAAAGAGACUAAUUUGAGUAGGGAUAAGAAACUCAUCGCAUUACAGAAGCUGCUCGAGUCCUCUUCUGAUGAUGAUGAGGAUAUUAAUAAAAAGAAUAAAGAAAGGAAACGAAAGGCAUCUUUCUCUGAUGCUGACGACGCUAAACGAGUAACUAGACCUAAAAUGGACACAAACAAGACACAACAGGACACUUCUUCGGACGAAGACGAAAAAAGAUCUAGUAGCCCCUCUUCCGACGCAUGUGAUGAAUUAGUUAAGAAGUUAAAGAAAAUAUUUGAGACCGAUAACAGUAAACAAAAACCAUCUUCUGAAAAAGAUAAAAAUAAAAACGACAGAUCGAAAGCCAAGAAUGAGGCAAAGAAAGCAAUUGACAUAUCGUCAGAUGAAGACGAUACAAAUGACAGAGUACGGACGAAAAGUAAGAAAACGACUAUAGACAACACAAAUAAGCCAGAAAACAAAAACGAUAGGUCGAAAACUAAAAAUAAUGGAAAGAAAGCAAUUAAUGACACGUCAUCCAACAAAGAGGAUAAACUCAAUAGAGCAAGGAUGAAAAAUAAAAACACGCUAGAAAUCUCAUCGAGUGAGGACGAUGAUACGAACCGUAUAACUAGAAAUGGAAAUAAAAUUAACACAAAUAAACCAGAAAACAAAAAUGACAAAUCGAAAACUAAGACUGAUGGAAAGAAAGCAAUUAAUGGCACGUCAUCCAAUGAAGAGGAUAAACUUAAUAGAGCAAAAACAAAAAAUGAAAACUCGCGAGAAAGCUCGUCGUCAAGUGAAGACGAAGAUACGGAAGAAUCCUCAUCUGAUGAAGAUGACGACUCUACUGAUGAAAGUAAUGGAAACCAAAAGACUCAAAAAUCGUCUUCAGAUGAAGACUUCGAAGUGAAUAAGAGAAAAGUUAAAAAGUUAAAAAAAUCUGGCGUCAGAAAUAAAAGGUCAAGUUUAAGAAAUGAUAAAAAGAAGCAAUAUAUCGAAGUGUCCUCGUCUGAUGAUGAUGAGGAUAAUACAAUAAACAGAAUGAGGCUCAGAAUCAAAAAUCCUACUCGAGAAGACUCGAGUUCAGACAGUGAAGAUGUAAAUAAUAAAAUAAAGAUUAAAAAUAAUAAUCAAAAGACGGUAACAGAGUCUUCUUCCGAUGAAGAAGAAACCGAAAAUGUUAGAGCGAACACUAACAAAAAUUCUAAACAGGCGACAUCUUCAGAUGAGUUCGACGAUACGAACAAGACGUUGUGGAGGAAAAACCAAAAGAAACAUACUGCAGAUAAUGAUGAAUCCGAAGACGAAAACACGAACAAAAUGAGGACUAGAAACCAGAAUCAGGUUCAAUCUUCUUCCAAUACCACGAAAACGAAGAGCAAAAACACGAAAACGAACGCGAAAACAUCGGGCGAAGAUACAGAUAAAGAGAAUAAAGCUGAAGAUAUGAAGAAAAGGUUGAGAAACAAAUCGAACGUCACCGUUAUCAGCUCCAGCUCGGGCGAAGAUAAAAAUGAUGAUGAUGAGUUCGCCAGGAAGGCCAAGGUGUCGAAAGUCGUGAAACGCCUGAAGAAACGGAUACGAGCUGCUCCUAAGCCCAGCGAAACUUCGCGCGUGUAUUCCACGCUGGAGGACCAGGCCAUCGUGUCGUGGGUGUCGGCGGGUCGCGAGCGGCUCGUCAACGGGAACGCCGUGUGGCAGGAGCUGCAGACCAGGUUCUACUCCAUCGCCGGACGCAGCCGCACGUGGCACUCGCUGCGCAACCGCUACCUGCGGCACAUCCUGCCGGCGCUGGGCCGCCUGGCGCUGCCGCCCGCGCAGAUCGCCCGCCUGCGAGCCGCCGCCGCACAGGGCUGCAUGCGGCGCGGCAACAAGCAGGCCUCCAUCUUGGCGCAGACGCCCGUCACCGGCGCCUCCACGCGCCGCAAGCGCCCGCCGCCCGCCUCGUCGCCUGAGCGCGGCCUGAGGGACCAAAGCAAGACUGGGACCGAAAACCGACCGAAUCCGCAGGCGCGGGAAAUGCCGAAACUACGAAUAUUGCGCUCCAGCGCCGCCCACGACAGCGACCCGGCAUCCUCCGAUGCGCGCGGGACAGACGGGGACAAGAAAGGGGACACGCCCGUCAUGAAACGGGACAAGAAGCGCGAGUUGUCCCGCACGCCUACUUAUGAACAGCUGACUCGCCAAUUCGCGGCGAGAUCACGAUCCACGCCCGCUGCCAGCCCUGUAUUGCAAAAUAGAGAAAAAACGCCGGAUAAGUCGCCCAGACGAACGCGCAACUCGUCGCAUGUCCGAGACGAAUCGCAGACGAGCGAUCAAUCUCCCGCCCGGGACAAGUUGCGGGCCCGGGACAAGUCGCACGGAGACAAAUCUCAAACGAGUGAAAAAUCACGUACUCACGACAAGCCGCACGCUAAAGACGGAUCCCAAACGAGUGACCAGUCACCCACCCGGGACAAGUCGAACACUCGCGAUAAAUCUCGUAGAGAUAAGUCGCGCACUAAAGACAGAUCACAAACGAGCGACAAAUCGCAUAGCCGUGACAAGUCGCACAGUAAAGACAAAUCAAAAGCGAGCGAUAAGUCACCCACCCGAGACAAAUCGCGUACCCAGGACAAGUCGCAGAUUAAAGACAGGUCUCAAACUCGCGACAAAUCAAGCACACGCGACAAAUCGCGGGAACGUGACAAAUCUCAAAAGUCAGAAAAGUCCUCCACUCGCGACAAGUCGCGGACGAACGAGCCGAAGACUCGCGACAAAUCGCAACCAAGGACGAGAAAGUUGUACAACCCUAACGCAGUGCUCCGCUGA